AGGUCAGCACCUUUGAAAAUGUGCAAAAAAUGUCAAUUCCACUAUUUAAUUCAUGAAUUAAUCAAUAAUUCUGUGGAUUGUUUCUUUUGACAGCCUAUUAAUUGAAUAAAGAUCCUGUACUCGCACCUGAGCAACAACCAUGCCCCUAAACAACCCUGCCAAGGCUACCAUCCUGGGCAUCACCCUCGGGGUGACGCUCAUAGGAAUCCUGGCCGCCUACCUAAGAAGAAGAAAGCCGAGAUCGCCACGGAAGAGCUUGCCAAAGGUGGAACCAUCUGUUGCUUCAUCUGUAAAUCGAAGUCGGACGGUCAGUCGGGGGACCAGUCAGGCCAGUAGGAGUAGCCCUGCUCUAAGAAGCCCAAAUGGAGAUAUUCCCAGUGCGCUGCACUCGCACCAGAGCAGUCCCGGUGUGUUCAGUCGGCCUCUCAGCCUACAAGGAGAUGCAUGCUCUGUCGGCAGCACAGGGAGCACUUCCACUGUAACACGGGACACCUCCAAUCUCAGUCCCCAACAUUUGUGUCAAUUAGGUCUAGAUUCAAUCAAUACUGCUGUCCACCACUGGGAAGAUGCCCUGAAUAGAAUAGAACCAACAGAGCCAGAUGGUGACGCAGCAUCGGAUCUAAAAUACCAACUCGAAAACUUGAUAGACAGAGCAUGUCAAAUACAGGAGGAGUAUGAGCGGCGUUUAUAUCGACAAGCAAGCACGGCCGCCCUCGAUUCUGCCAUGGUAGCGCUGUCUGAGAUGGACCGCUACUACGAACGGGAUAGGCGGAUCACGGAGGGCGAAACAGACAGCGAUCAGGAUUCGUUCGUCUCUGCGUCGGAGAUGGCAGACCUGACCGACUUAGAACAGCAGACCAAUAAACAUCAGAGUUUAUUCUUGUAUGAAGCAGCACUCCUGGAACUGAAACAUGGGAGCAUACCGUGCAGGUCUUUGAGGACUAGACUUGUUGGCUGCGAAUCCGACAGCGAGUUUCUCGGCAAGUUACACUGUCUACGCUUUGCGUUUGAAGAAUUGUUCCGAGAUGAAACGAUACUGGAAUGGUUCGUCCAAAUGGGUCGACGGCUCAUCUCUUAUGUGCUCAUUAAAGCUGAAAGGGAUCCUGUGGAUUUCCAGGAGGGGUUUGACGAGAUGAUCAAUUUCGUGAAAAAGAAGGAAAGUUGGCAAAUGAUGGAGGAGGAACUGCGAGGAAGAGGGAUCAAAGUGCUGUCCUUCUACGAUAUUGUCUUAGACUUUAUUCUAAUGGAUGCAUUUGACGACCUGGAGAGCCCACCGUCGUCGGUCACCACCGUUGUUCAGAAUAGGUGGCUAUCGAACGGUUUUAAGGAAACGGCCCUCGCAACUGCUGUUUGGUCAGUCUUAAAAGCAAAAAGGAGACUGCUUCGUAUUCCAGAUGGUUUUAUUGCUCAUUUCUAUGCCAUAUCAGAACACGUGAGUCCAGUGUUAGCGUGGGGCUUCCUUGGACCUGUCGUCCACCUCAACGAAAUGUGCCAAUUCUUCAAGGACCAGGUGCUAGAGUUUAUCAAAGAUAUCUUCAACUUCGACAAAGUGCGCUUCACGACUAUUCCAGAAUUAGCGGACGACAUAAUCGCCAUCGCUCGAGAACGCAGUCAAAUCGCCGAGGAACGAUUAUCGAGUUGACCGACGUUGCCACCUAGUGGUGAUAGAGAUACUCGCAUUCAUGACCAAUUUUAAUGACGAUGUGAUAUUUAUCGAAGAUGCUUCGCCUGUUCCACCGAAAAUGAAACUACAUGUGUGUGCGUGUGUGUGGGGGAGGGGUUUGUAAUGGCUGUGGAGGUGUUUUAGCAGGAGAUUGGCUGCAUAUUUUGACAUGAAUGUACAGAGGGGUAAGAGGGGUAGCACAAGAUAAUAUAGAAGUUGCACAUCAUUUACGAAUAGCAAUCUACUGCCCACUAAUAUGGGGUCUUUCAUUCACCCUUGUACACGCACCAGGUACAAAUAACUUCAGUUUUUACGACUCGUUUGAAGACCAAAGCAAUUUCAGGUUAAGUGUUUUGCUCAAGGUGAUUAAGAGAAAUGGCAGUGAUCUUUCUGGAAAUGAAACUGAGGAAAUAGAAAUGGGAUAUGCAAGAAUGAUUAUAAGACUGAGACAUGUAUAUGUGUGACUUUGACCCUCAUUGAUUUUUUUUAGGGGGGAUUUAUAGGCAGAUGCUGGGGGGUCAAAUGAGUGGUCUUCAGGUUACUCUGUAGUAUAGGUACACAGUUUGGGGCAUGUGUUGCGUUUUAUUCAGGAAGAGUUAUAUUUCUCUCACAAGCUUGAACAGAUUUGAUGUAUUAAGAGAUAAGAGAGACCCCAAUUAGUGACUUUGUGUAACUUAAUCUGACCUACCUCGCCCCAGCGUAUAGUCUCCCUUUAAGAUUUGUGAUAUUAUGAAUGACAGAGUAGUUUGUAGAUCGAAAAAAAAAGGUCUCCAUUCUGAAAAUAUCCGGCCAUUUCACUCGAUACAUACUUACUCCCUCGGAAACAUGCGUAAGGGGAAAUCGUGUUGUAGGCCCUGUUUGCAAGAGGAUGAUAGGUCUCAUGAUUUCUAAUGUGGAUCACUGUCACACUCUGCAGUGAAUAGUUGUUUAGUUUUCUGAUGUUAGGUAGUUUUUUUACACACUCGUACCCAUCAUGGCCUUGUGCAUGUAGUGUUUUAUAGUGAGCAUAAAUGACAAAAGCUUUAAGAGGGAACAGUUCAAAAGGUACCUGUAGUGAGGCAAGAUUCUAGCGGUGUACAGAUUAAAUGAGACCUAGGUGUAGCCAGGACAUUCCCAAGUGUGCAGUUCAAAGUUAGACCUAGGUGUGGCUGGGAUUUCCAGAAGUGUACAGUUUGAAUGAGACCUAGGUGUGCCAGGAGUUCCAGUAGUGUAGUGUAUUGUUCAAAGGAGACCUAGUAAGUAGUUGUAGCCAGUGUGCACCCAAAUGAGACCUAGGUGUAGCCAAGAUUUCUACAAGUGUUCUGUUCAAAUGGGACCUAUUUGAGUAUUUAAGCAUUUCCAGAGGUGUAGCAAGGACUUCCUGGAGGGUAGUUGUUUUGACGAAGGCCAAUUCUUGAUCAAUUAAGAAAACAAAGGCAUUUCUUGGUCAAUUUUCACGUAUUUUUUUUCCAAGCAGGUGUCAUUUGUAACCCCCCUCUGGCUACGCUCAUGUGAGAGUGUUUAAAAUGAAAAUGUGUCGCAAGUUAUUCCAAUGCAAUAAAUCAUUAUAAGGACAUCUUGAAUAAUCCACUGGUCAAUUACCGCAAUUAUAUAUGUUUGGGAAAUUUACUAGUGUUAUAAAGUUAUUCUCCGUUAGUCCAAAUUUGAAAAUUCCCCAUCGUGUAAUUACCAUAUGUAGGGCAUAUUAAUUUCAAUGGUGCCACUGUGUGGACUUAUAAACAAAUACCUUUAUGCCAGGUUUUAGUAAAUCUCCUUCAGCAUUGUUUUAAUUAUUUCUAUUUACCUGAGCCACAAGAAAAAAACAAUGAGCUCGAACGGCAUUGGCCUUUAAUUGGGGAAAGGGAGUUACCAGAUGAGAAGUAAAGAGGUUUGUAAAUACCUGUGUUGUGUACAUUGUGUCCUGUACAGAUUGAACAUUUGUAAGAAAAUGAUUUUUCAGUUGAAUGAUCCUUUUA